UAGUCUUCACAUGCAACAAAGACAUGAGUGCAUACAUCUGUUUGACAUGGUAUCAUCACAUAAGCAUAAUGCAACAUCUUCUAAUAACAUUAUAAUAAAUACAUAGACUACUGAGCAUGUCACUAAUAAUGGCUUGUAUCAAUCGAAAAAGUAGGCACUGCACAAAACAAAACUACACAAAAGUGCACAUAAUUCGAUAUUAUUUCGUAAUUCCAUCGGAGUAUUACUGGUUAAAUAGUUCAGACGACUUUGCAAAUGUGUUUUUUCAUGACUACUUUCACAAGCAAAGUUCUGAAGAACUAGCUACUAAGCUUCUACUGUAUGUCGACGUUUACAAAUGUCCUUCUACAUAUGGCUACUUCUCAAUGUUGCCUAGAACGACAACUAAACUUGCGCGUGCGCAAUACCAAGGCCCGAGUCCCCGAUACAAGAUGGCGGAGAAGGUGGGGAGUGAGAGGCGGAGGCAGGUCCGGAUUGAAUAGAGCAAAGGCUAUACAAGGUUCCCAACAAACCUCUAUAAGGUAAGGGGAAUAACCACAUUAGCGAUACAGCAAGGGCAUGGACAGGUGGCGGAAUACGCAGGGUAUCAUAUUAUCCACUAAAAAUGUGCACGCAUUGUCAAUGCACGAAAUAAACAAACAAUAUUGUCUGCAAGGGGUUCAGUGGCAAUGACUGGAUAUCGCGCGCCAUCUUGUCUCAACAAAAGUGCGCGCCUAAAUAUUUGUAUGCGUUUGAAAUUAAAGGAGUUCAGAUACGCCUAUUUUGACAGCAUACACGGGUACCCUUACUAAUUCUCGUCAUUUUUAUGUCUCAAUAACCCCGUUUCGUACAGUAUCCUACCGUAUUUUAUCUGUUUUCCACGUAUCCCCCACUUGGGUUCCGAGAUGCUGCCGUUGCCUUUUAUUGUGUAGCGCAGUUACCCGAUGUUAUCCCCUCCUCCUUCGUGUUUGUUUUCGGGCGGCUCUAACUGGGGUGGGCGGUGUAACAGCGCAUGCGUGUCCUUUUGCUCAUUUCUGUUAUCAACGAGAAAGAUAGAAACUUAUCUGCAAGAUGUCAAUUUGAUGUGUUAUGUUAAUCAAAAGGACAUCAAAUUAAUAAUUAAACACUAGGUACUAGAAUGCAUAGGUAUAGCUAGCCAGUUAACGUUAACUAUCUAGCUACAUGUUUUAUACAUAAUACAUUCAUGUUGAUUUAGCUAGUUAGUUUAUUUUCACCAGCGUAAUCCCCACCGCUGGUUUCACUCUGCUGGUUCCGAGGGAUUUGACGGAGAUUAUGACGAUAUAUGUCGGUGCACUAUGUUGCCAAUAACACCUUGUGGAAGUACAACACAAUCUAGCUAGCUACUGUUACCUCCCUAGAAACACUAGUCUGCCUAAUUUAUUAUCUCAUUCUCUUGUGCGCUCGCUACGGGUCUGGAUGAAUGGGUUCUAUCAUUCAUUCAUUGAAUGAUUACCACUACACUAGUAGGCUACCAUUCACUCCAGACUGUAAAUGCAGAAAUGUCAGGACAAUCAAGAAGUAACCACAAUGAAAUGAUAUGACCAGGCGAAGAUCCUUUGAACGCUGCGAGUAGGCUAGUGAGGAUGCGGCGGUUGGAGAAGCAACCGAUGUGCUGGAAUGCGAUUAAUAUGGAUGAUCGUUCUGAUGAUAUGGGUCCGGAGGAUGAGGUCAAGAACCUGAAUGUUCUGUAGUGGAAAGUACCUGAAUGUUCUGUCGUGGAAAGUAAUAGGAAAAAGAGAGACCAUGCUACUUACUGAAAGCAGUGGCUCUUCUGGCGAAGAGAGCGUGAAGUUAUGAUGGUGUUUGAUGUGACCACAGGGCCUCAUUUAUAGGACUAUACCCAAUCCGAUUAACCUAGGGGUCCUCAACCUUUUCUUGCCAAGGGACCUGCACCCAAGCAAACCGGCGAACCCCAUCAUAUGUUAGCAAAAACAUGUUUUUCACAUCUUGUCAUCAGGUGAAUGGCAAGGAGAAGUAAUGAACAUUAUAAAAUUAAUAGAUUUGGUAGAUUUUUGUUAUUAUUUGAACCUCCCCACAUUAUACAGUGCCUUCAGAAAGUAUUCACACCCCUUGACUUUUUCCACAUUUUGUUGUGUUACAGACUGAAUUUAAAAUAUAUAAAAUUUAGAUUUUUUGGUUACUGGCCUACACACAAUACCCCAUAAUGUCGAAGUGGAAUUAUGUUUUUCAAAAUGUUCACAAAUUAAUAAAAAAUAAAAAGCUGAAAUGUCUUGAGUCAAUAAGUAUUCAACCCUUUUGUUAUGGCAAGCCUAAAUAAAUGUGCUUAAUAUGUCACAUAACAAGUUGCAUGGACAUUUUGUAAAAUGAUUACCUCAUCUCUGUACCCCACACAUACAAUUAUCUGUAAGGUCCCUCAGUCCAGCAGUGAAUUUCACCAUGGAUUCAACCACAAAGAGGUUUUCCAAUGCCUCUCAAAGAAGGGCACCUAUUGGUAGAUGGGUAAAAAAUAAAAAUAAAGCAGACAUUGAAUAUCCCUUUGAGCAUGGUGAAGUUAUUAAUUACACGUUGGAUUGUGUAUCAAUACACCUAGUCACUACAAAGAUACAGGCGUCCUUCCUAAUUCAGUUGCCGGAGAGGAAGGAAACCGCUCAGGGAUUUCACCUUGAGGCCAAUGGUGACUUUAAAACAGUUGCAGAGUUUAAUGGCUGUGAUCGGGAAAAAACUGAGGAUAGAUCAACGUUGUAGUUACUCAACAAUACUAACCUACAGUGGUGAUUUUGGCAUGUAAAUCCUGGUGGGGCAAAAAAAAAUAAUGUGGGAUGCAUGUCAGCAAAGCCACAACACAACACUAAACAAUACAUUAAUUGCACUAUAACGGUGUCAAACUGUGCCCACAAACUGUUAGGGCCUACAUAAAGCUGUCCCAACAGCAGAGUCCCAACAGCAGUCCCAACAUCUUACCACUGCUACACCUGGCUAUCAGCGUAGCCUUGUCUGGCAGCGAAACACAGCUGAUAUGGCUGACUUGCUUAAACAAAUGUGGUUUCUACUGACAAUUGAGAUGUAAAAAAAAUUUGGCAUAAGGGGACGACAAGCGGAUAAGAAGCAAUCCGUAAUUUCGAUUAAGACAUUAAUGAGCGAGCUACGACGGACGUAUUCAAUAACUAUUUGUUUAGCACUUUUGAAAUGUACAGCGACAGAAUUCAGAACAUGGGCCAUUUUUACAGUGUUCUCCCUGUAUACCAAGUCAGAACCGUAGGAUAAAUAAAGGGGGCAUAUAAGCAGACAAUGAAAGCUCUUACAAUAUUCAAUGAUUACAUUUCUCUGAAACAGGUUAUAGGCUACAUGUGCACCACCAAUUCAGAACAGUAGGCGAAAUUAAGAGGGGAAAAUAUACCAAAUGAUUAGGGGUGGCACAUGGGCUACUAACAGCUUACUACACAACAUACACUUAUUAUUACUUUCUUAGCUACAGUAUACAUUUCUCCUGGCAUAUUACAUCAUUUAUGCAGCAGCAUACAAUACAUAUUUGGACUCACCUUGUUGUGCUGUGCUCACUUGAACAGGAAGGUGGCGCGGCGGUCCUUCGUGGGCAAAGUCUGGCAUUCUCUGGAUUUAUGGUGCUUUCAAGACAACUGGGAACUCUGAAAAAAACAAGGUUGAAUCAUGAUGACUUCAGUGAUCUUCAGGUCGUAGCUCUAGAAUGAGGCCCGAGUUCCGGAUUUACAAUUCCGAGUUGGAUGACCGUUCAAAACGUAUUUUCACAGUCUGAGCUCAUUUUUUCCCUGGGUUCUCAGUUGUCUUGAACUCACUGAAGUCAAGUUUUCGCAGUUCCGAGUUAACAAUUGUUUUGAGCGCGGCACAAAUCAUGCUUCAUUGACAGCAUGGCCAAUGAUGAAUGUUUAUCAUUUUAAACUUGGAAAAGAGACCCUGAAUCCCAUAUUUGGGACCACACAGCCACUCCACUGAAUAGCAGGCUAGUGAUUGCCUUGCAAUGCUUGCAGUUAGCCACUGAUUCCUUCCAAACCACUCAUUGUUGAAUUUGUGAUUUCCAACUUGUUGUGUAAUGUUUAUGUCCAAUGGCCGAUGAGCACCGAUACGUUUUAUCUAUAAUUUCUCUUCAUUAUUUAUCUUCAGAUGACAAGGAUUAAAAAGGAUUUGCUAGUAGAUUGUCGACUUGAUUCAUGAUGAUGACUGCUAGCUAAGAUUUUGAAAGUAUCAUGUUGACAUGAUCAGUCCAAUCAAAGCUACUGUAGAUAUAACGGGAUUUGACGUCAUUUUAUCUGUGGCCAAUGACCUUGAGCCUUCUUGGAUGGGCACUUCUAAUGUAACUCUAUGGCAGCACCCAAGGGUCUUGAAUUUCGAGCUCUACCCUUACACUUGGCGGUGACGUAGUGUCCCCAUGAGUGACAGAACACUGAGCCAAUCACGGCGCAACUAGAAAACAUUGCCAACACCUACGCUCCGUAUUUUCCGCUGGCUGCCCCACCACCACAGAAAGCACUGAGCUAGGCUGAAACACCUGGAUUUUGGAGCUGCCUUACUCAAGAAAGCAAAAAAGAGACCAUGUUUGUAUGCGGCUUAAUUAACUCAAUGAUUGUUUUUAUUUUGUGUCUUUGUUUGCAAACUGAUAUGUGACACGUAUUAAUGCCUAAAUAACAUGCAAAACAGGCAAGCAAUUUUUUUAUUUAUUUUUUGCUAAAAUUGUGUGGCUCAAAACUGCCCUGAAUAACGGAUCGCCACUGCUAACCUAAUUGACCGAGUGAAAAGAAGGAAGCCUGUACAGAAUAAAAAAUAUUCCAAAACAUGCAUCCUGUUUGCAACAAGGCACUAAAGUAAUACUGCAAAAAAAACGUUUUGUCCUCAAUACAAAGUGUUAUGUUUGGGGCAAUCCAAUACAACACAUUACUGAGUACCACACUCCAAAUUUUCAAGCAUCAUGUUAUGGGUAUGCUUGUAAUCGUAAAGGACUGGGGAGUUUUUCAGGAUAAAAAAUUAACAUAAUAGAGCUAAGCACAGGCAAAAUCCUAGUUGAAAACCUGGUUCAGUGUGCUUUCCACCAGACACUGGGAGAUGAAUUCGCCUUUCAGCAGGACAAUAACCUAAAAUACAAGGUCAAAUCUACACUGGAGUUGCUUAUCAAGAAGACAGUAAAUGUUCCUGAGUGGCCGAGUUACAGUUUUGACAUAAAUCUAUUUGAAAGACCUGAAAAUGGUUGUCUAGCAGUGAUCAAUAAACAAUUUGACAGUGUAAAGGAAAGAAAAUAUGUGCCAAAUGUGGAAGGGAACAUGAUUACGGUGACUGUGGGAACAAUGUGAAGGCUAAAUGUUGUAAUUGUGGGUGGGAACACAGCAUUUGGUGGAUGCCAGGUGCAGAGAGAGGCCCAGAGAUAUAGAAUCAAUCAUGAUGUCUCAUAUGCAGACGCUGUAAAACAGAUUGGUGGAACGACUAGGCAGACUGAUGGAGAAACCCUGGCUGCUCUCGUAGUACAGUGCCUUGAGAAAGUUUUCAUACCCCUUGACUUAUUCCACAUUUUGUUGUGUUACAGCCUGAAUUCAAAAUGUAUUGCAUUUUUUUUCCCUCACCCAUCUACACACAAUACCCCAUAAUGACAAAGUGAAAACAUGUUUUUAGAAUUGAUUGCAAAUGUAUUGAAAAUGAAAUAUACACUGCUCAAAAAAAUAAAGGGAACACUUAAACAACACAAUGUAACUCCAAGUCAAUCACACUUCUGUGAAAUCAAACUGUCCACUUAGGAAGCAACACUGAUUGACAAUACAUUUCACAUGCUGUUGUGCAAAUGGAAUAGACAACAGGUGGAAAUUAUAGGCAAUUAGCAAGACACCCCCAAUAAAGGACUGGUUUUGCAGGUGGUGACCACAGACCACUUCUCAGUUCUUAUGCUUCCUGGCUGAUGUUUUGGUCACUCCAUGAGGGCCCGACGUCCACAGGUGGGGGUUGUGCUUACAGCCCAACACCGUGCAGGAUGUUUGGCAUUUGCCAGAGAGCACCAAGAUUGGCAAAUUCGCCACAGAUGAAAGCAGGUUCACACUGAGCACAUGUGACAGACGUGACAGAGUCUGGAGACGCCGUGGAGAACGUUCUGCUGCCUGCAACAUCCUCCAGCAUGACCGGUUUGGCGGUGGGUCAGUCAUGGUGUGGGGUGGCAUUUCUUUGGGGGGCCGCACAGCCCUCCAUGUGCUCGCCAGAGGUAGCCUGACUGCCAUUAGGUACCGAGAUGAGAUCCUCAGACCCCUUGUGAGACCAUAUGCUGGUGCGGUUGGCCCUGGGUUCCUCCUAACGCAAGACAAUGCUAGACCUCAUGUGGCUGGAGUGUGUCAGCAGUUCCUGCAAGAGGAAGGCAUUGAUGCUAUGGACUGGCCCGCCCGUUCCCCAGACCUGAAUCCAAUUGAGCACAUCUGGGACAUCAUGUCUCGCUCCAUCCACCAACGCCACGUUGCACCACAGACUGUCCAGGAGUUGGCGGAUGCUUUAGUCCAGGUCUGGGAGGAGAUCCCUCAGGAGACCAUCCGCCACCUCAUCAGGAGCAUGCCCAGGCGUUGUAGGGAGGUCAUACAGGCACGUGGAGGCCACACACACUACUGAGCCUCAUUUUGACUUGUUUUAAGGACAUUACAUCAAAGUUGGAUCAGCCUGUAGUGUGGUUUUCCACUUAAAUUUUGAGGGUGACUCCAAAUCCAGACCUCCAUGGGUUGAUAAAUUUGAUUUCCAUUGAUCAUUUGUGUGUGAUUUUGUUGUCAGCACAUUCAACUAUGUAAAGAAAAAAGUAUUUAAUAAGAUUAUUUCAUUCAUUCAGAUCUAGGAUGUGUUAUUUUAGUGUUCCCUUUAUUUUUUUGAGCAGUGUAGAAAUAUCUCAUUCACGUAAGUAUUCACACCCCUGAGGCAAUACAUGUUAGAAUUACCUUUGGUAGCGAUUAUAGCUCUGAGUCUUUCUGGUUAAGUCGCUAAGAGCUUUGCACACCUGGAGUGUAUAAUAUUUGCACAUUAUUAUUUUUAAAAUUCUUCAAGCUCUGUCAAGUUGGUUGUUAAUCUUUGCUAGACAGAUAUUUUCAAGUCUUGCCAUAGAUUUUCAAGCCGGUCUAAGUCAACUGUAACUAGGCCUCUCAGGAACAUUCAAUGUCGCAUUGGUAAGCAACUCCGAACCUGGUCUUCCUCUAGGAUGUUGCCUGUGCUUAGCUCUAUUCAGUUUAUUUUUAUUCUAAAAAAACUCCCUAGUCCUUGCCGAUGGCGAGCAUACCCGUAACAUGAUGCAACCACCACCAUGCUUGAAAAUAUGAAGAGUGGUACUCAGUGAUGUUGUAUUCGAUUUGCCCAAAACAUAAGGCUUUGUAUUCCAGACAUAAAGUUCUCUGCCACAUUUUCUGCAGUUUUACUUUAGUGCCUUAUUGUAAACAGGAUGCAUGUUUUGGAAUAUUUUUUAUUCUGUACAGGAUUUCUUCUUUUCGCUCUGUCAUUAAGGUUAGUAUUGUGGAAUAACUACAAUGUUGUUGAUCUAUCCUCAGUUUUCUCCCAUCACAGCCAUUAAAUUCUUAACUGUUUUAGUCACCAUUGGCCUCAUGGUUUCCCUGAGCGGGUUCCUUCCUAUCCGGCAACUGAGUUAGGAACGACGCCUGUAUCUUUGUAGUGACUUGGUCUAUUGAUACACCAUCCAAAGUGUAAUUAAUAACUUCACCAUGCUCAAAAGGAUAUUCCUUACCUUAUUUAGUCUUGCUAUAACAAAGGGGUUGAAGACUUAUUGACUCAACACAUUUCAGCUUUUCAUUUUUAAUUAAUUAGUAAACAUUUCUAAAAACAUAAUUCCACUUUGACAUUAUGGGGUAUUGUGCCCUGCGUCCUCCGAAACACAACCCCACCGAGCCGCACUGCUUCUUGACACCAUGCCCGCUUAACCCGGAAGGCCAGUGACACAAAAUCUCAAUGUGAUCUAUUUUAAAUUCCGUCUGUAACAAAAUGGCUACACGGAGUAUCUGCAUUGACCCUUCUAUUUUAUUAAAAUGUUUCCUCUGUCUCUAUGCACACUGACACACAUUCAUACUGACUCUACACACACACACACACAAUCAUCAUAUACACUGCUGCUACUCUGUUUAUCAUAUAUCCUGAUGUCUAACCCUACCACUCCAGUAUCCCUGCACAUUGUAAUUUUUUGUACCCCUUUUUCGUGGUAUCCAAUUGGUAGUUACAGUCUUGUCCCAUUGCUGCAACUCCCGUACGGACACGGGAGAGGCGAAGGUCGAGAGCCCUGCGUCCUCCGAAACACAACCCAACCGAGCCGCACUGCUUCUUGACACAAUGCCCCCUUAACCCGGAAGCCAGCCGCACCAAUGUGUCGGAGGAAACACCGUACACCUGGCGACCGUGUCAGCGUGUACUGCGCCCGACCAGCCACAGGAGUCGCUAUUGCGCGAUGGGACAAGAACAUCCCUGCCGGCCAAACCCUCCCCUAACCUGGACGAUGCUGGGGCAGUUGUGCGCCACCCCAUGGGUCUCCCAGUCGCGGCCGGCUGCGACAGAGCCUGGACUCGAACCAGGAUCUCUAGUGGCACAGCUAGCACUACGAUGCCGUGCCUUAGACCACUGCGCCACAUCGGGAGGCCUCUUAUUUCUAUUUCUUGUGUGUUUUUGUUCUACUUGACUUUUUUAUUUUUUUAUAGUACUACUGAUAUUGAUUAUUGCAUUGGGAAAGACCAUUAAGAAAAGCAUUUCACUGUACUUGUGCAGUGCACUGAACAAAAACUUAACUUGAAAUAAAAUUGACUUCAUAGCUUUCAUUGGAAAGGUUAUCAACCCUACUGAAAGCAGAAAUGCCGGCAACAGAGUUAAUAGGUGUAGCAGAUGUUACUGUCGACAUUAUUUUUUAAAUGCUGAAUAAUCCUAAAGAUGGAUUGUCUCAGCAUGACAGCGGGACAUUUUGAUGGGGUUGUGGGGGGGGGGUUGGGUAUGGGGGAGGGUUUCUUAGAAGUUAGUAGGGAUUUUGUUGUUUAUUUUUUCUUAGUAGUACAGAAUGAAGCAAAACAUGAUUGAUCGCACAGUCCAGCACAGUAGGUGGUGGCAUGCACCUUAAACGAUUGUUUGCGGACCGCCAUUAUAGCAUAGAAUGUCUUGCUUGAUCCCUUGAAUUAAAAUCUUAUUUCGGAAAGCAUGUCAAAUCACCACCUGGGUACCUUGGAGAUUAUGGAACAGUUUACAUUUGAUCACAUUUAAGAAUAGUAAACAGCUAGCAUGCUAGGUUCAUUGUUCUGUCAUUUGAAAAGUACACAGUAUAUACUUUACCAGGCAAAUUAAGUUAAAACCCCUUGGCUAUUUUUGCACCAUCUCUUUUCAGGACAGGACAGAUGAGGAGAGAUGUCAAGUGAGAACCACGGAACAGUGAAGGGGGACACUGCUAUGGUGAUGUCUCCCACAGGCUCUGCCACACAGGGGUCUCCUGUCUCACCAUCAACUAGCAAGCCCGUGCCAGAGUUGCCAGGUAAGAUAGCCCUAGUGACAUGACAACAAGCAGUGCAUAUAUGCCGUAACUCUGCUCUCCAAGCAUUCAUUGUAUGGUAAAAAAAUAAUGCCAAUGAGCUGUGUGGUCCAGUGGUUACAGCCACUGACCCCGGAGUCGGCAUGCGUUCGAAUCUGGCCCACUGCCCUUUGACUCACCACCCCUAUCUUCCCUGUCUUUCCAACACUUUACUAUCUCUUCAAUAAAAAAGCAAAAAAUAUAUAAAAGCAGUGGGACUGCCCCACUCUUAAAAAGAAUACCUUUAAAAGAAAUGAUGCCAGUAUUUAAUGUACCCUCACAUUCACAAUAGUUUGAAAUUAGCUUCCUUUUCUGCCAUUUUCUUUAUCGAUACAGGAUAAGUGAAAGCAAUAUGCCAGAAUCCCAUUUGGCAAGAGGAUACCCACCUGUACAGUUAUUUUAAAGCCUAAUGUAUACCCUAGGUACGAAGUGCAAGAAAGCUACCCAAAAUGGGGAUCCUGUGUUCUUACAAAGUUAUGACUUGCAGGGCUGCAAACGUCUGUGUAGUUUUGCUAUUCAACGCUAUUUUGCGACGCUACAUGUAGUUCGUCCAUGCGUACAGUGCCUUCAGAAAGUAUUCAUAGCCAUUGAUUUAUUCCAUAUUUUGUUGUUACAGCCUGAAUUCAAAAUUGAUUAAAUAUAUUUUUUUAUCACACGUAUAGACACAAUAUCCCAUAAUAAAGUGAAAACAUGUUUUUAAAAUGUUGCUAAUUUAUUGAAAAUGAAAUACAGAAAUAUCUCAGUACCUUGCAGAACCACCUUUGGCAGUGAUUACAGCUGUGAGUCUUUCUGGGUAAGUCUCCAAAGAGCUUUCCAAACCUGGAUUGCGCAACAUUUGCCCAUUUAUCGUUUUCAAAUUUCUUCAAGCUCUGUCAAAUUGGUUGUUGAUCAUUGCUAGACAACCAUUUUCAGGUCUUGCCAUAGGUUUUCCUCUAGGAUUUUGUCUGUGCUUAGCUCUAUUCCGUUUCUUUUUUAUCCUAAAAACUCCCCAGUCCUUAACUAUUACAAGCAUACCCAUAACAUGAUGCAGCCACCACUAUCCUUGAAAAUAUGGAGAGUGGUACUCUGUAAUGUGUUGCAUUGGAUUUGCCCCAAACAUAACACUUUGUAUUCUGCACAAAAAUGUAAUUGCUUUGCCACAUUGUUUUGCAGUAUUACUUUAGUGCCUUGUUGCAAAUAGGAUUCAUGUUUUGUAAUAUUUGUAUUCUGUACAUGGUUCCUUCUUUUCACUCUGUCAAUUAGUUUAGUAUUGUGGAGUAACUACAAUAUUGAGCCAUACUCAGUUGUCUCCCAUCACAGUCAUUAAACUUUGUAACUGUUUUAAUGUCACCAUUGGCCCCAUGGUGAAAUUGAGCGGUUUCCAUCCUCUCUGGCAACUGAUUUAAGAAGGACGCCUGUAUCUUUGAAAUGACUGGGUGUAUUGAUACACCAUCCAACGUGUAAUUCAUAACUUCACCAUGCUCAAAGGGAUAUUCAAUGUCUGCUUUUUAUUUUAUUUUGGCCCAUCUACCAAUAGGUGCCCUUCUUUGUGAGGCAUUGGAAAACAUCCCUGGUCUUUGUGGUUGAAUCUGUGUUUGAAAUUCACUGCUCGACUGAGGGACCUUACAAUUUAUCUGUAUGUGUGGGGUACAAAGAUGAGGUAGUCAUUCAUAAACAUGUUAAACAUUAUUAUUGCACACAGAGUGAGUCCAUGCAACUUAUUAUGUGACUUGUUAAGCAAAUUUAUACUCUUGAACUUAUUUAGGCUUGCCAUAACAAAAAGGUUAAAUACUUAUUUGAAAACAUAAUUCCACUUUGACAUUAUGGGGUGUUGUGUGUAGGCCAGUGACAAAAAAUCUCAAUUUAAUCCAUUUUGAAUUCAGGCUGUAACACAUCAUAAUGUGGAAAAAGUAAAGGGGUGUGAAUACUUUACGUAGGGUAUAGAUGAGGGUACUGUACGUAGGGUAUAGAUGAGGCUUAAGAUCAGUGCUGAGGAAGGAAAGGAUACUGUCUCUGUCUAUGUUGACUUGCUACUUACAAGUGAGAAGAACCAGACGAGAUAGAUUUGACCUUUCUGACACCUUUCCUGUUUGUGCAGACGAGCUCGUCCAGGCCGGCUGGUCAAAAUGCUGGAGCAAGCGGGAGAAUCGGCCCUACUGGUUCAACCGCUUCACCAAUCAGUCGAUGUGGGAGAUGCCAGUCCUGGGGCAGCAAGAUGUCAUUGUGAGUGCAAAAUGGUUAUAGCUUCUUGAUUUGGGACUGAGGGAAAAUGUUUCUGUUUAGUUCUGUUCUUAGUACCUUAGGCUCUCUUUUCUCAGUAUCUGUCUCUUGAUGGAACUUGGUCUGAACCUUAAGACCUCCUUGCAUUAUAUCAACAUCACUCUACUCCAGCAAUUUUCUAACGCGGCGGCUGCCCUGUUUGUUCCUGUCUUUGUAGUCCGACCCGCUGGGUUUGAAUGCUGCCCCGGCCUCGGCGGAGGGGGCAGGCGACGCCGGCGUGGGCAACGGGCAGCGCAAGAGAUGCCUGUCGGAGGAGGCCGCCCAGGGGGGUCCUAACAGCUUCAAGAGGCCCAAGGUGAGUCAUUGAGCAGAGCACGUUUCUUACAGUCAAUGCCGCGAAAUUAUACAAGUGUGACAAUUUUCAUGCUUCUAUACCAAAGUGAUACAUUUUCGAGCAUAUCUACUGGACUACACAGUGCUGUCUCUUACAUUUGACAGCAGGAAAGUAAUGUUUAAGCAGAAUCAUAUGGUGUGCCCCUUGUCUCUGUCGAUUGUUUCAUACGUUUUUUUUUUAUUUGAAUAUUUCGUCUUUGUCACUCUAAUCCAACAUUAUAUUGACAUUGACAUUUUAGUAAUUUAGCUUACAGUUAGUGAGUGCAUACAUUUUUCAUACAAUAUGUGACUGUGUCAUUGACAGAUUGAGAUUGGUAUACCUGUAACCCCAACGACACCCACAUUGCCCAUCUCACCCAUUACCUCUGGGGCAAAGCCGUGGAACUCUACCACAGGCACAGAGGACAAGCCAGGGCAGCCCGCACCGGCCCUAUACCGUCCCACCGUGUGAGUACAGCCACACAUCAGUCACUGGAAUCGAAAUGUAGACAUCCCAUGGCCCCAUGUCCAUUUCAACUGAUAAAAAUGUAAAUUAAAAUGACCACUACCAUGGUGUACGGACUCAGAUCUUCAUCCCAACAGCUCAUUUGCCAGUUUUUGGGACGGUUUCUCUGACACAGGUUGACGUUUAUUGGGAUGAGUCUUGUCCUUGAGGCAGAACUGAGCGAUUUUCCGCUAGAUGGGCCAGCUGCAAAGUCAAAAUUGGCUAUAUUGUAAAAAUUCAUGAAAACAAAAAUUAGCUUUUUGUUCUUAAUGUAAGGUUAGGCAUUAGGGUUAGCAUUGUGGUUAAGGUUAGGUUUAAAAUCAGAUUUUAUGACUUUGUGGCUGUGCCAGCUAGUGACCACUCUGCAGAGCUCCUUCCAGAACAAGGUUAAUGAUGUAAAACGCUAACCUGCUCCUUAAAGUUUAGUAGUCCUGGACUAAAAAGCUAUUUCGAUGGUGAUUCUCCAUUGACCAUGCUUUUUAUUCCAGGAAUAGGCAGAGAAACUGGCCCUUUGUUAUGUCAUGUUAUGUAGAACGCUGCCUGAGGAAGACCUGUUUUGUCGAAACGUGUUGGAGUGUUGAUCCUGCUGGAGCAUAAUAUGCUGAUCUGCUUGUGUGUCUAUAAACGGUUAUAUAGCCUAUAGUACCCUACAGUCAGGUGUGAAUUACACUGUGACAUGACAUUUUUUUUAUGGACCUAAUAAUAAAUAUGUAAUUUAACGGUAAAAAUGAAUUGCCUUUUAAUGUGGCAUGAACACAACCAGUCAUAAUGCUUUCAUCAGAUUGUCAAACAAAUCCCUUCAGAACGUAGGCUAUCUGUGCAUGUUCAUCCACUCCAAAAUAAUCCAAACAGUGCAAUGCAUGUAUACUUGCACCAUUUGAUGAAUGGAAAUAGACAGCUGUUUACAAAACACCUAAAAGUGUGCCUAAUGACAUUCAGCUAUUGAUUAGGCCUACAUUAAUUGAUGCAUCUUGCUGACAAAUUGACCUUUUUUGUAGCCUGAAAUGGGACUGAAACUGUCCCGGGAAAAACGGGGUGGUCACCCUAACACACAAGGUCAAUUUACUAGACUAGGCUGCAAUGUGUAGGUCUAUUACCUUGAACUUCAAAUAAGAAUACCUGUAGCCAGUGAUGUAGUGGUAAAAAUAAUAGUUGGGUAAACUCGGAUUACUGGUCGCGGUGAAAAAAGUAAACGCUUCCUAUGCUUUCAAUUAGGGUUGGGCGGUAUCCAGAUUUUCAUAUCUUCAUACCGGCCUUCUCUCACCCUGGGAUUGAAGGUAUUACCAGUUUAGUUCACAAGUGGGCUCCAAAAAACGCAAAAAAACAUUACCAGAAUGCUAACAAAAUUAGUACAAGUAAUAGUGAAUUUGCAUGGAGGCUGCUAGGUAAAUAUGCUAACGAGCGCAAACGAAAACAAACUAAUUGCAAUCCAGCUCAUAAAGUUAUAUAGGUAUGAGUUUGGACAUUUUACAAGCGAAUGUGAACGAGAAACAUUGUGCAAAUGAACAAAGUUUUGAUGCAUGCAGCACUGGCUCUCCAGCAGCAUGUCUACAGGCUGUGUCUGUGUGGAGUCUGGAGUCUCUAGGGCAACGGGCCUGCCUGCUCUGCUCGGAGAAGAGGGGGGAGGAGCAGACGGGUGAGAACAGAGGAGAAAAACAUAAGGAAAUCAAGAUACUGUAGCAGUGGCAGCUGUACAAAUAACUCCUCCAAAGGGCUUUGCCUUCUGAAACACGGCAGAAAGCUAACACAAUAUGAUUCCCUGUCACCUUAUUAUUCAGCCACUUACUUAAAUAGCAAGUUUAACGCAUAAUUCUGCAUUUUUCACAGAAAAAAACAUAAAACGCAUAAGAAAUAUAAUGUCUAGAAUGCUUCUUAUUGUAAUUCCUGCUCGGCAUAGACUAAUUUUGUGUUUCAGUUCGGAUGAGAAUUUCCGAACGUACAAUGCAAGAUUAACUUUAAGCAAAACAUUAGGAAAUGUAGCUGGCUAUAUUCUUUCUAUGAUAGGCCUAAACAUUACAUUGUAAGCUCAUUUUACUUGUGUGGCUGCCAGCCAAAUGAAGCUAUUUUAUGUCGAAUGUGUUGCACUAAUGUAUUUUCUGUGGAGGAAAACUAUAGUUGCAGGUCCGUGAUCACUCUAUUGAAGCUAAAGAAACACUGUUGACUUUCAAAAUAAAACGCGACCCCUGUCAAUACACAGCUGGACUCACCUACUCCCGCUUUCUCCUGUUGUGCUAUUUACAAACAAACACAUGACUGGCUCAACUGUGCUGGGGAACUAAGUAAGCUUCAUAAUGUAAAAUAAUAUGGCCGUUGAAAUAAGAACGAGAUCUGCUUUAUCGGGGGAGCUACAGGCCCUGUGUAGCUCAGUUGGUAGAGCAUGGCGCUUGCAACGCCAGGGUUGUGGGUUCGUUUCGUAAAAAAAACAUGUAUGCACACACUAACUGUAAAUCGCUCUGGAUAAGAACGUCUGCUAAAUGACUAAAAUGUAAAUCUCCUAACCAUUGCAUAAGUUGACUGCAGGUACUUACUUAAAAUAGCUACAAAUAUACUUCAAAUAAAUAGUUUUGACAGUAUUGAAAAACCAUCCCGUGGCUAUUUCCAAAUACCCUGGUAUACCGCCCAAGCCUACUUUAUAUGCAUUGGUGGGUAAACUGCGUUUAGUUGUGUUUACCCUCCAGUAGGCCUACACCACCGCCGGUAGCCUACCCUCUCAGCCGAGGAAAUUUGACACACAUGAACACAUGCAGAACAGGUAGCCUACAUUCAAUAUAAUACAGUAUACAAGUUGAAUCAAAACAUGUUUACACCCUAGUUCAUGAGUUGUCCAUAAUUCAUGAGUUGAAUGCAUGGAGUCUUCACAGAUCGUGUGACAUAAAACACUACCUUUCUUUCCUUACAUUAAUGACAUUCAUGACAGUGUUAUUUGUAAUUAUUAAGCAUUUAACAAUUGAAUUAGAACAUUGAACUUAAACUUUGUAAGAUUCCUGGAUCUCAGAAAAUGCAGUAAGUGUAACUAUGCCUACAUUUCAUUAUUUUUCGCCAUGAAAACAGUUCUCAUGGGCACACAAAUCCAAAAUAAUGUAGGCCUAUGCCAUCGCAAAAUCAAAUGCUUCUAACCGAAAGAGUCAACUAUAAUCCUACUGUCAUUAAUGUUGGAUGGAUUGGAUGCGCAUUGGUGUCUAGCUGUAGGCUAGUUAUCUAGCAAUAUUGGCAACCAUCAUCAGCUGAUACAGGAAAGAAAACAAAUAUUGAUAGAAAAUAGUAAAGCUAAAUAAAUGGUCUACUUCUUCUGGCCACGGACGGCACGGAGAACACCACAAUACCCACGCACACCUGAAAAACUAAGCAAUGAGCGCUUAGUUUAUUUUAGCUGACUGACAAAAGCAAACAAUGAUAAAUCAACGGAUAAAUCAAAUGAAUGCAUUGGAUAAAGGCUAUUUUUAUCGAGGGCGCGUGGCAAACAAAGGAAAAUCUAUGCGUUUAAAGGAGCUCAGCUGAGGCCGAAAUUCAGCCCUACUGUGAGUAUAGCUUUGACAGGGAGACAGUUUGUGCCGCCAUGUAUAAAUAAAUGGUUUAAACCAUGACAGAGAAGUGAAUUUGGAAGCUUUUAUUUUCAUAUUUACCACUGUAAAUCAUAUAGGAGAAUGGUUAAAUUAGCAUUAUUUAGAGACUCCAACAAAGUUUCACUUAUGUUGCAUUUAGGGUAGCUAAUGUCUCAAACAUGGGAGCUAAGCCCCCCCUGGCUCCCCCAUAAUUCGCACCCUGACUACAGUUCACUAAAGUGUUAUUUAUCUCGUCGAUAUACUGGGCAGGCAGGUCUCCUUUUUGUCUUGUUUUGGGAUUUUACGUAGAACCUUAGUUGAUAAUAGUUCUAUAAAGCUGAAAUGGCAAGCAUGGUGAAUAACAGGCUCUGUCGUAUUUUCUGUUUUUUUGUUAAAGAAAAUAUUGCUGCAUCCACCACCUGCCCUCUUCGGAGGACAAACAUAACUUUUGUUUUUACAGUUUUUUUUUGUUUUACAUGUACAUUCUACACACAUUUUGCAUACAUGGCACUUAUUUUUUUUCCCACAGUAGUUACAUAGCAAGAAUAUAGUUAUUUGAUAUACAUUUACAUUACAUCUGGAUAUAUAGUACUUAAACACAUACAGUAUAUACAUUAUUGUGUUUUCAGUCAUAACUAUUAUAGAACAUGAGCUUUUAAACCCAUCCCUCAGCUAAUUUCAAUCCAUCCCACCUAUCUCUGAUAACCACCCUCUUUUGAUUUCUAUGUGACAUAUAUUUUUCAACUUUCCUGUGAUGUUUCACAUAAAUUCUGAACCUUUGUAAUCCCAUAGUAUCUACAGAUUGUAAGUUAAAAAUAAAUAUUUUUCAUAAAAGUAUUAUUACAGUGGCUUGCGAAAGUAUUCACCCCCUUGGCUUUUUUCCUAUUUUGUUGCCUUACAACCUGGAAUUAAAAUGGAUAUUUUGAGGGUUUGAAUCAUUUGAUUUACACAAUAUGCCUACCACUUUGAAGAUGCAAAAUAUUUGUUAUUGUGAAACAAACAAGAAAUAAGAAAAAAAAAAACAGAACUUGAGCGUGCAUAACUAUUCACCCCCCCAAAGUCAAUACUUUGUAGAGCCACCUUUUGCAGCAAUUACAGCUGCAAGUCUCUUGGGGUAUGUCUCUAUAAGCUUGGCACGUCUAGCAACUGGGAUUUUUGCCCAUUCUUCAAGGCAAAACUGCUCCAGCUCCUUCAAGUUGGAUGGGUUCCGCUGGUGUACAGCAAUCUUUAAGUCAUACCACAGAUUCUCAAUUGGAUUGAGGUCUGGGCUUUGACUAGGCCAUUCCAAGACAUUUAAAUGUUUCCCCUUAAACCACUUGAGUGUUGCUUUAGCAGUAUGCUUAGGGGCAUUGUCCUGCUGGAAGGUGAACCUCCGUCCCAGUCUCAAAUCUCUGGAAGACUGAAACAGGUUUCCCUCAAGAAUUUCCCUGUAUUUAGUGCCAUCCAUCAUUCCUUAAAUUCUGACCAGUUUCCCAGUCGCCUGCUGAUGGAAAAACAUCCCCACAGCAUGAUGCUGCCACCACCAUGCUUCACUGUGGAGAUGGGUUUUCUCGGGGUGAUGAGGUGUUAGGUUUGCGCCAGACAUAGUGUUUUCCUUGAUGGCCAAAAAGCUCAAUUUUAGUCUCAUCUGACCAGAGUACCUUCUUCCAUGCCUUUUGGCGAACACCAAACGUGUUUGCUUAUUUCUUUCUUUAAGCAAUGGCUUUUUUUCUGGCCACUCUUCCGUAAAGCCCAGCUCUGUGGAGUGUACGGCUUAAAGUGGUCCUAUGGACAGAUACUCCAAUCUCCGCUGUAGAGCUUUGCAGCUCCUUCAGGGUUAUCUUUGGUCUCUUUGUUGCCUCUCUGAUUAAUGCCCUCCUUGCCUGGGCCGUGAGUUUUGGUGGGCGGCCCUCUCUUGGCAGGUUUGUUGUGGUGCCAUAGUCUUUCAAUUUUUUUAUAAUGGAUUUAAUGGUGCUCUGUGGGAUGUUCAAAGUUUCUGAUAUUUUUUUAUAACCCAACCCUGAUCUGUACUUCUCCACAACUUUGUCCCUGACCUGUUUGGAGAGCUCCUUGGUCUUCAUGGUGCCGCUUGCUUGGUGGUGCCCCUUGCUUAGUGGUGUUGCAGACUCUGGGGCCUUUCAGAACAGGUGUAUAUAUACUGAGAUCAUGUGGCACUUCGAUUGCACACAGGUGGACUUUAUUAAACUAAUUAUGUGACUUCUGAAGGUAAUUGGUUGCACCAGAACUUAUUUAGGGAUUUCAUACCAAAGGGGGGGAAUACAUAUAGUGAGGGGAAAAAGUAUUUGAUCCCCUGCUGAUUUUGUACGUUUGCCCACUGACAAAGAAAUGAUCAGUCUAUAAUUUUAAUGGUAGGUUUAUUUGAAUAGUGAGAGACAGAAUAACAACAAAAAAAUCCAGAAAAACGUCAAAAAUGUUAUAAAUUGAUUUGCAUUUUAAUGAGGGAAAUAAGUAUUUGACCCCUCUGCAAAACAUGACUUAGUACUUGGUGGCAAAACCCUUGUUGGCAAUCACAAAGGUCAGAUGUUUCUUGUAGUUGGCCACCAGGUUUGCACACAUCUCAGGAGGGAUUUUGUCUUUGCAGAUCUUCUCCAAGUCAUUAAGGUUUCGAGGCUGACGUUUGGCAACUCGAACCUUCAGCUCCCUCCACAGAUUUUCUAUGGGAUUAAGGUCUGGAGACUGGCUAGGCCACUCCAGGACCUUAAUGUGCUUCUUCUUGAGCCACUCGUUUGUUGCCUUGGCCGUGUGAUUUGGGUCAUUGUCAUGCUGGAAUACCCAUCCACGACCCAUUUUCAAUGCCCUGGCUGAGGGAAGGAGGUUCUCACCCAAGAUUUGACGGUACAUGGCCCCGUCCAUCGUCCCUUUGAUGCGGUGAAGUUGUCCUGUCCCCUAAGCAGAAAAACACCCCCAAAGCAUAAUGUUUCCAUCUCCAUGUUUGACAGUGGGGAUGGUGUUCUUGGGGUCAUAGGCAGCAUUCCUCCUCCUCCAAACACGGCGAGUUGAGUUGAUGCCAAAGAGCUCGAUUUUGGUCUCAUCUGACCACAACACUUUCACCCAGUUCUCCUCUGAAUCAUUCAGAUGUUCAUUGGCAAACUUCAGACGGGCCUGUAUAUGUGCUUUCUUGAGCAGGGGGACCUUGCGGGCGCUGCAGGAUUUCAGUCCUUCACUGCGUAGUGUGUUACCAAUUGUUUUCUUGGUGACUAUGGUCCCAGCUGCCUUGAGAUCAUUGACAAGAUCCUCCCGUGUAGUUCUGGGCUGAUUCCUCACCGUUCUCAUGAUCAUUGCAACUCCACGAGUUGAGAUCUUGCAUGGAGCCCCAGGCCGAGGGAGAUUGACAGUUCUUUUGUGUUUCUUCCAUUUGCGAAUAAUCGCACCAACUGUUGUCACCUUCUCACCAAGCUGCUUGGCGAUGGUCUUGUAGCCCAUUCCAGCCUUGUGUAGGUCUACAAUCUUGUCCCUGACAUCCUUGGAGAGCUCUUUGGUCUUGGCCAUGGUGGAGAGUUUGGAAUCUGAUUGAUUGAUUGCUUCUGUGGACAGGUGUCUUUUAUACAGGUAACAAGCUGAGAUUAGGAGCACUCCCAUUAAGAGUGUGCUCCUAAUCUCAGCUCGUUACCUGUAUAAAAGAUACCUGGGAGGCAGAAAUCUUUCUGAUUGAGAGGGGGUCAAAUACUUAUUUCCCUCAUUAAAAUACAAAUCAAUUUAUAACAUCUUCUGGAUUUUGUUGUUGUUAUUCUGUCUCUCACUGUUCAAAUAAACCUACCAUUAAAAUUAUAGACUGAUCAUGUCUUUGUCAGUGGGCAAACGUAUAAAAUCAGCAGGGGAUCAAAUACUUUUUUCCCUCACUGUAUGUAUUCACCCCCUUUGGUAUGAAAUCUCUAAUAAGAUCUGGUGCAACCAAUUACCUUCAGGAAACGCUAUGUCUGGCGCAAACCCAACACCUCUCAUCACCCCGAGAACACCAUCUCCACAGUGAAGCAUGGUGGUGGCAGCAUCAUGCUGUGGGGAUGUUUUUCAUCGGCAUGAAUAGUUAUGCACACUCAAGUUCAGUUUUCUGUCUUAUUUCUUGUUUGUUUCACCCCAAAAAUAUUUUGCAUCUUCAAAGUGGUAGACAUGUUGUGUAAAUCAAAUGAUACAACCCCCCAAAAAAAUCCAUUUUAAUUCCAGAUUUUAAGGCAACAAAAUAUGAAAAAUGCCAAGAGGGUGAAUACUUUCGCAAGCCACUGUAUUAGGUAAUGCUGCAAUCAGUUGGUUGUAAUUUCGGAUAGAGCAAACAUUUCCAUAUUUUUUUGUUAACUGCACAUCUGACAACUCCACCGUUCCUAUUCAUAAAAUCAUUUAACAAAAAAUUCCUUUAAAUAAAUAAAAUAUCCGUAAAUAAUGUUUUUUUGUGAUCAAUUUGUAUGUUUGAGUUUAACCUUAAUAUUUGUUGUAAUAUUUGUCCUGUCUUUUUUGGGGGAUGAAACCAGCUUUGUAUGGCUUGUUUUAGAAAGACCGAUAUUUAGAAAAUGGUUCCGUUAUCAAUUAACUGAAAGUGAGAGGGUGUAAUCUGGAUAAAGGGGAAAAGGCCAUUUUUGAUCAAGGGGUGAACCAUUCUUACUAAUCUACUGGAGAACCAGUUCGGGUUUAAGUAGAACUUUUGUAUGACUGAUGCUUUUAGUGAGAGGUCUAAUGCUUUAAUAUUUAAUAAUUUUAACCCCCCAAACUCAUAUUCAUUAUAUAAAUAAGUACGUUUAAUUCUGUCUGGCUUGACAUUCCUAAUAAAGUGAAAUAUGUUUUGCUCAUAUAAUUUAAAAAAACUAAUCAUUUGGCAUAGGCAGGGCCAUAAAAUGGGUAAACAGGGAUAUGACUAAAGAAUCAGGGUGAUUUUUCCACAAAUAGGCAGGUAUUUAUCUUUCCGUGGUAGCAAGCAAGAACGUAUCUAUUUUUGCUAACUUUCUAUUGAAAUGUGUUGUAGUGAGUUCAUUUAUUUCUUUAUGGAUAUGAAUACUGAGUAUGUCUGUCAUUGUUGCUGUUGUAGAAUAUACUGGGACCUGGACAUUCAGACGAACGCAGUGAUCAGAGAGCGAGCCCCCGCCAACCAUCUACCUCCCCACCCGGAGAUUGAGCUCCAACGCUCCCAGCUCACCACCAAGCUACGGCAGCACUACCAAGAGCUCUGCUACCAACGAGAAGGUACAUUACCCACACAACUGGCGUUGUGUCAAGUCAAACAUUUAAAUGAAAAUGAUUGCUUUUCUUACCUUAAUGUCUUACUUUUCAAGGUGCCUCCCCAUUAUGCUGUCAGAUGUUUGCUUUCUAGAUGAGCUUGAGGUGUCUGUCUGAAAACAAUGCUGAGGUGUCACUUUUCUUUUCUACAAUGCUCAAUAUUUUUCAAGCCGUUGUGGUCACUCACCCCUGGUCCUGGAGUGCCACAGGGUGCGCAGGUUUUUACUCCAGCCCAGGGUCAUGUUAUUUAGGCACAAAACGGAAGACAACGGACUGAAACGGAGGGACUGUCUGAACUUUUACAAUAAGCAACGCUCAUUUUCAUUUUCCAUUGUGAAAUGGAUUCAAAUGUUUUCCCAUAUUUAUGCCCUAGUGAACACAACCUAGGUGUUCCUAUUCUCGGCUGACCUCAACCUUGAUGAUCAAUGGGCUUUCCCCCUCUCUAAUAGGUAUCGAGCCCCCACAGGAGUCUUUCAACCGCUGGCUGCUGGAGCGCAAGGUGCUGGACAAAGGGCCCGACCCCCUACUGCCCAGCGAUUGUGACCCCAUCAUCUCCCCAUCCAUGUUCAGAGAGGUCAUGAACGACAUCCCCAUCAGGUCAGUGGGAAAGGGUUAUCUGUACCAGUCCUGGCUUCAAAUCUGUGCUUGCUUGAUCUUGCCUGGCGCAAAGGAACCAAUGGAAUAGACCCACAACUGCAAACCCCGCCAAUCGGACACUCCAGGCAGGCUCAAACAAACGCUCAAAGUAUUUGAAAGAUUUCAAAUAUUAUAUUUGAACAAAGGUCUGAUCUGUACAUACCGAUUAUAGUCUACUCUAUAAUAACGUCUGUAUGGCUUGAUUCAAUACAGUAAAUUAAGUUGUCUGAUGUUGCACAAGGAGCAAUUGUUUUUGCAUGUGAAAUGUCAAUACAUUUAAAUGUCGUCUUAGCAUUUCAAUUUGGACAACAGUGGCUCCUCUCAACGCUUUGUUUCAUUUACUACAGUUUUGUUAUUUCUUAUGCCAGGUUGUCCCGCAUCAAGUACAAAGAGGAGGCCCGAAAACUCUUAUUCAAAUACGCCGAAGCUGCCAAGAAAAUGAUUGACUCGAGGUAGGUGUUUCUGGCACACUAGAGUUAAUUAGACAAAUUCCCUUUUUAUAUGGCCUGAUAUUCUUUGAUGUCGCUCCAAGUAUGACGUCAGUGAAGCUGUCUUAAAGAAUUCGAGCCACUAAUAUGUUCUGGCACACCACUACAUAAAGCCCCUUGACAAUUUAAAAUGUACUAUAUAUAGCCGAUAAGUUAUAUAACUCAAGUGAUGGCUCAGCAUUUUUUUUAAGACCACCGCUUUGACUGCAAGAUCCAGCUCAUAACAUAACAAGCAACACAAUGUCUCGGUAUUUUGGCAUCCUACAUAGAUAGCAUUUAUAGACCUGAAGCAGAAACCCACAGCUUCUGGGUUUGCACUUGAACGCUAAACCAAAACCGUCCCGUCUCUUUCCCCAACUGUCUUGACUGAGUGGCAGCUUGGAUAGAUGUGAGGAAAACAACUGAAGAGGGGAAAAUAAUAAAAAAAAAAAAGCAUUUAUAUGGGAGAUUGAUUGGGCUAGUUGAGCGGCUCUUUGGUUUGAAACGAUUUGUCUUGCUUGGAGAAUGACCGGUGUGUUUUAUGUCCUGUUAGAAACGCCACACCAGACAGCCGGAAGGUUGUGAAAUGGAAUGCGGAGGACACCAUGAACUGGCUACGGAGAGACAACUCGGCCAGUAAAGAGGACUACAUGGUGUGUAUGUGUAGUCAAGGAGUAGUGUGUGUGUUUGUGUGUGUGAGCUCGUGUGUAGUAGAUUGUGUGUGGUUUAGAAGUGUGGCAUACUGUAUGUAUAUAUGUGGCAACAACAAAAAAAUAUCCAUUGCUGUAUAAAUUCACCUCAAUGGAAUGUACACUGACAUGUAUCUGUUGAAAAGCAUAUCCGAAACCUAGUGUUUUUCCCUCAGGAUCGUCUGGAGCACUUACGGAAACAGUGUGGUCCCCAUGUAACGGCGGUAGCCAAAGACUCAGUGGAGGGAAUUUGUACGAAGAUCUACCACAUCUCAGUAGAGUACGUGCAACGUAUUCGUCAGGCCCACCAGACCAUGCUGAAGGACUGCAACAUCACGGGUGAGACGUGCUAACUUGCGAAAUCUCCUCAGACUCCGCACACUAGGCUGGACUCCAUCCAUUUAUCCCCACCCCCGGCCGCUGUGACGAACCGAUCCAAAUGUAGCAUGCAUCGGUCAGAAAAUAGAUUCACACAUUACGAAUCGCCGGUUCACAAAGUUUUUUGGGGUUCAUAUUACAUUCUUUCUACCUUGCGAAAAUACUUCUCAUCUUUUGUGAAAACUGAUACCUCAUCUCCUUCAGUGUCGAACUGCGUUGACCGUCAUUAAUCUACAAUUCAUUUAGCAUGUUGAACAACCCCAGGCAAUAUCAGUAGACUAGUCAAACUGUCCCCGGCUUCGCGCGCUGACUGAUAUGAGGAAUGACCCUGUUCCUGACCGUUCACAUCUGCGCGGCACCUUCAGCAUUCAAAUGCUAAAAUGGCUUGCGUGAUAUUAGGCUUUAUUAGUUGAGUGACAACCUAUAUCAUUUGCUAGGUUAUUGUUAUCUAUGCACUGUUGAAAAUCUUGUUUUACCCGAAUAAAAGUACGUUACCGGAGACUCAACUCUCAUCUGGCUAUACCUGCUGAACGGGGCUUACAAUAGAUUUCAGUUUGAUUGUUCAGUUUCACCAUCAGCAAUAGUUUUGGAUAGUUUUGCUUUAAACAGUCAGUUUAAGUAUUCAUACCCCUUUACUUCAUACCCCUUUACUUAAUCCAUAUUUUGUUGUUCAGUGUCUGUUGGAAAGCAGACUGAUCCAGGUUUUCCUCUAGGAGUUUUCCUGUGCUUAGCUCUAUUCUGUUUCAUUUAUCAGAAAAAACUCCCUAGUCCUUUCCGAUGACAAGCAUACCCAUAACCAAUGUUCCUUCUAAGAUGCGCGGGUGCACAGCUCCCCCGGGACUGCUGUGCAGAAGAAAUAUCAGCCCAUGCAGAGAAGCACGAGAUUGAACUUCACUCAACUUUCUAGUUUUCCCCUUUUAGUUAACACUAUCAACCAUGUUUCCCUCUACUGUGGGAAUUGUGAUCGAAUCAACGCAAUAUUAGCCACUUUCAAUACAACAUACCGAAACAACAAAACAAACGAAGCAAGAUAUUUUCUUGUAGGCAAAGCGCAUUGGAGUAGGAUUCUAUUGCAUUGACAGGCACGACUUAGGUACAUACUCUACACAGACCGGUACGCCAUAACCAAUCAGAGCUGCACUAUCCCUAUAUGUAAAUAGACCAUUGCCAUAUAUGGAUCUGUCAUUCACUUUGAACUGAACUGUGUUUACAGCAUGAGUGGUUGCGAGUAGAUGCACUUGUUUUCAGAUCAAAGUGAGAGCUGCAUGUAGCCACGUGUGCACAUUUGUUCAUAUUCUUUGCUAGUAAGUGAGUUAUUAGCCCAGUUAUAGCUCAUUUCUAGUCAGCGAUGGGGGAGUGGUUGCUUGACCAGAGAAUCUUGUUUCUCAUGGCCUGAGCAUAUUUAGGUGCCUUUUGGCAAACUCCAAGCGGGCUGUCAUGUGCCUUUUACUGAGGAGUGGCUUCCGUCUGGCCACUUUACCAUAAAGGCCUGAUUGGUGGAGUGCUGCAGAGAUGGUUGUCCUUCUGGAAGGUACUCCCAUCUCCACAGAGGAACUCUGGAGCUCUGUCAGAGUGACCAUCAGGUUGUUGGUCACCUCCCUGACCAAGGCCCUUCUCCCCCAAUUGUUCAGUUUGGCCGGGCGGACAGUUAUAGGAAGAGCCUUGGUGGUUCCAAACAUCUUCCAUUUAAGAAUGAUGGAGGCCACUGUGUUCUUGGGAACCUCCAAUGCAGCAGACAUUUUUUGGUAUCUGUGCCUCAACACAAUCCUGUCUCAGAGCUCUACAGACAAUUCCUUUGACCUCAUGGCUUGGUUUUUGCUCUGACAUGCACUGUCAACUAUGGGACCUUAUAUAGACAGGUGUGUGCCUUUCCAAAUCAUGUCCAAUCAAUUGAAUUUACCACAGGUGGACUCGAAUCAAGUUGUAGAAACAGCUCAAGGAUGAUCAAUGGAAACCAAGAUGCACCUGAGCUCAAUUUCGAGUCUCAUAGCAAAGGGUCUGAAUACUUUGUAAAUAAGGUAUUUCGAAUAAUUUUGAAAGGAAAAUAUGCACAUCCCUAAUUAUCUAUUUAUUUUUGGUGCACAACCAUAUAAAUAUAUUGAGUCUGAAUGGGAAUGUCUGUUCUAGUCGUUCUAUAUCAGUGCCCAACAUUUUGUUACUUGAAUAUCCAAAAUUCUGUUGAUAUUGUGGUUUUACUCUGAAUUGAAGCAAUUCUCAAUAUCCAUGGUGGACUAGUGUUUUCAUGUUUUUUUCUUACUUACUUACUUUUGUUUUACUGUUAUUUUUGUUUUUCCCCUCUCAGACCCAGAGGCAGCCGAGGUGCAGGGCAGGCUGGUGUACUGCUACCCCGUCCGGCUGGCCCUGCCCUCGCCGACCCAGCCCCGCGUGGAGCUGCACUUUGAGAACGACAUCGCCUGCUUACGCUACAAGGGAGAGAUGGUCAAGGUCAACCGUGGCUACUUCGCCAAGCUGGUGAGGAAUAUGUUGUAGCAAAGAUAUUAUGUGUAGUAUAGUAUUAAAAGUACCAAAGUGCCUUCGGAAAGUAUUCGGACCCCUUGACUUUUUCAACAUUUUGUUACGUUACAGCCUUAUUCUAAAAUGGAUUAAAACAAAUAAAAAAUCCUCAGCAAUCUACACACAAUACCCCAUAAUGAAAAAGCAAAAACAGGUUUGUAGAUUUGUUUGCAAAUUUAUAACAAAUAAAAAAACAGAAAUACCUUAUUUACAUAAGUAUUCAGACUCUUUGCAAAGACACUCAAAAUUGAGCUCAGGUGCAUCCUGUUUCCAUUGAAAAUACUUGAUGUUUCUACAACUUGAUUGGAGUCCACUUGUGGUAAAUCCAAUUGAUUGGAAAUGAUUUGGAAAGGCACACACCUGUCUAUAUAAGGUCCCACUGUUGACAGUGCAUGUCAAAGCAAAGACCAAGCCAUGAGGUCGAAGGAAUUGUCUGUAGAGCUCUGAGACAGGAUUGUGUUGAGGCACAGAUCUGGGGAAGGGUACCAAAACAUUUCUGCAGCAUUGAAGGUUCCCAAGAACACAGUGGCCUCCAUCAUUCUUAAAUGGAAGACGUUUGGAACCACCAAGACUCUUCCUAGAGCUGGCCGCCCAGCCAAACUGAGCAAUCGGGGGAGAAGGGCCUUGGUCAGGGAGGUGACCAAGAACCCGAUGGUCACUGACAGAGCUCUAGAGUUCCUCUGUGGAGAUGGGAGAACCUUCCAGAAGAACAACAAUCUCUGCAGCACUCUACCAAUCAGGCCUUUAUGGUAGAUUGGUCAGACGGAAGCCACUCCUCAGUAAAAGGCACAUGACAGCUCGCUUGGAGUUUGCCAAAAGGCACCUAAGACCAUGAGAAACAAGAUUCUCUGGUCUAAUGAAACCAAGAUUGAACUCUUUAGGCUGAAUGCCAGGCGUCACGUAUGGAGGAAACCUUGCACCAUCCCUACGGUGAUGCAUGGUGGUAGCAGCAUCGUGCUGUGGGGAUGUUUUUCAGCGGCAGGGACUGGGAGACUAGUCAGGAUCGAGGCAAAGAUGAACGGAGCAAAGUACAGCGAGAUCCUUGAUGAAAACCUGCUCCAGAGUGCUCAGGACCUCAGACUGGGGCGAAGGUUCACCUUCCAACAGGACAACCACCCUAAGCACACAGCCAAGACAACGCAGGAGUGGCUUCUGGACAAGUGUCUGAAUGUAUUUGAGUGGCCCUGCCAGAGCCCGGACAUGAACCCGAUCGAACAUCUUUGGAGAGACCUGAAAAUAGCUGUGCAGCAACGCUCCCCAUCCAACCUGACAGAGCUUGAGCGGAUCUGCAGAGACGAAUGGGAGAAACUCUCCAAAUAUAUGGAUAUGGCAAUGGUUCUGAGUGCAUGACAUUGACGUUAGGUAUACACACACACACCAUUUUUAGGUGUGUUGAUACUUGCACAGUUUGAGUUGUUUGAGAAACUGCCGGGAACUAAUCCUGGAAGGUGUGGUUGAUAUAAUUGACUAGCAUCGCCUCUGGGCACAUGCUCUCUGCUAAAAUACUCACCCCUCUAUCCAGGAGCUCUUAUACCGAUACAGCUGCAUCGACGAUCCCAGGUUCGAAAAGUUCCUGUCACGAAUAUGGUGCCUUAUCAAGAGAUACCAGGUAAAUCGGACUUCCUACCCCCCCCCCCCCCCCCCCCCCCUAUUCUAUUUUUCUUUAAAGCUUUUCCUCUAUUUUCACUGCCAAAGUAGUAUUAUUGAUAUGAAGCUAUCUGUUGGGAGGCAAUGCUCUUAUAGUCCACCAUCCCCUCCAACUUCUUGUUGCUCUUUCUCCUUUUCACUUCAUCUUUUCUGUUGUUUGUUGUGCUGAUGUCAUCAUUUAUUGUGCUAAUGAUGUCACUGUUUGUUGUGCAGGUGAUGUUUGGCGCCGGGGUGAAUGAGGGGAUGGGCUUACAGGGGGCCCUUCCUGUGCCUGUCUUCGAGGCACUCAACAAGCAGUUUGGGGUGAGCUUUGAGUGUUUCGCCUCGCCGCUCAACUCCUACUUCAAGCAGUUCUGCUCGGCUUUCCCUGACACCGAUGGCUUCUUUGGAUCCAGGGGGUAGGUUUUUUUAAAUAAAUGUUUUUAUGGUUUACUUCUCAUCCCAAACAAUACGUCAUUAUAUGUGGUCUACCCCAGUGUUUCUCAACCUCCAGUACAUGGUGCUGCACCGGUACGUGGCAUGUUGCUGACCAUUUCCAGAGAGUCUAAUUCGGUCAGAUUUACAAUGCUUAUUUCAAUGUAAGGUCCCUGACACUAUAGCAUGCCGGUCCUUGACACAAAAAAGGGUUGAGAAACACUAGUCUACCCCAUCUCAACUAAACAGAGACCACCGAGGCAUGGUCCGUGUACUUUUUUGUCAUUUGUUAACCUCUUAACGAUCGGACCCUCUUUUUCAAUUUUCGCCUAAAAUGAGAUACCCAAAUCUAACUGCCUGUAGCUCAGGACCUGAAGCAAGGAUAUGCAAAUUCUUGAUACCAUUUGAAAGGAAGCACUUUGAAGUUUGUGGAAAUGUGAAAUUAAUGUAGGAGAAUAUAUCACAUUAGAUCUGGUAAAAGAUAAUACAAACAAAACAACAUGCGUUUUUUUGAAAUGCAAGAGCAAGGCCACAAUAUAAUAAUGCAGUUAAAUGCAAUUUACAUGUUGGCCACUAGAUGGCAGCAGUGUGUGCAAAGUUUCAGAUUUUUUGUAUCAAGUCUGCCCAAAUGUGCCGAAUUGGUCAAUUGAUACAUUUUCAAGUACAUAACUAUAGAGAACAUGCAAACAUGAUAUGGUAAUGCAAAAUGUAAGUUUACACACUCCCAGGAAUGUCAUACAUGAUGGAUCAUUAGCUUAUACACUAACUUUCACACAUCUAGAUGGUCGGGCGGGGUGGGUGUGGUGCAAGAGACAGCAGGGGUUCAAACUGUAGAACCCAGUUCAUACAUUUGAAUAUAAAAAUUGAUUUUAUCAAACAAAACUAUGCUACAUUUUUAUCUCUGGGACCCUUAGGAUGACAAAUCAGAGCAAGAUUACUGAAUGUAAGUACAUUAUUUACCUUCAGAGGUGAAUGUAUCAAACCAGUUGCCGUGCUUAGUUUUUUGUUGUUGUUUACUCUCUUCAAACAAUAGCAUGGUAUUUCUUCACUGUAAUAGCUACUGUAUAUUGGACAGUGCAGUUAGAUUAACAAGAAUUUAAGCUUUCUGCCCGUAUAAGACAUGUCCAUGUCCUGGAAAGUUUGCUGUUACUUACAACAGUCAAGCUAAUCACAUUAGCGCACGUUAGCUCAACCGUCCCGUAUACGGGACACCGAUCCCGUAGAGGUUAAUCUAUGGGUUUCUAGUUUGACCCUGUUCUAAAAUGUUCUCUUUGUCUCCAAGGCCUUUCCUGAACUUCUCACCGGCCAGUGGCUCCUUUGAGGCCAACCCUCCCUUCUGUGAGGAGCUGAUGGAUGCCAUGGUGACACACUUUGAGGUGCUCCUCCUUAGUCAUUUUUUCUUGAUCACUAGUUGAAAAGAUGGCGCCUUGCUGGAUGGCCGCCAUUUUGCAAUCUCCGACUCAACAUUGCUAUUUUGUGAUUAUUUUAUUUUAUUUUAUUUUACUGAAUUUUCUCGAAAUGUAUCCGCUAUCAUUUCUUACAUCCGACAAUAACUUUUGAACAUCUGAUCGGCAGUUACUUAUCUCAAUUCCCGCUUCAACUUCGACUCAUCUGCCCUGGAAUCUUUCUGUAAAUCUGACCCAAUUUUCGGGCUACCCAAGAGGAAAUGCCGACGUUACAGAGGCAAGAGAAGGGGAUCCUGGCGAGAUUAAGGUGAAGGGAGAACCGACCACCUCUUCCCUACAUUCUACUGGCCAAUGUACAGUUACUUGAUAAUAAGAUGGAUGACCUCCGAUAGCAGCUUUGCUACCAACGGGACUCUCAAAAUUGCAAUAUUCUCAGCUUCUCUGAAACAUGGCUCUCAGACAAGAUAUUCUCCAUUCACCGUGCCGACAUGACAGUGAAGUUGUGGAAAUCGAGGGAGGAAGGGGUUUGCCUCUUCAUAAACAACAAAUGGUGUGCUGACUUGAGCGCAGUAGAAGUGUUGACCCAUUGUUCACUCGUCUUGGAAUACCUGAUGGUCAAAUGCCGACCCUUUUACCUCCUGAGGGAGUUUUCAGCUAUUAUCGUGACUGUUGUAUACAUUCCACCUCAGGACAAGAAAAAUAACACGCUGGCACUUAACGAACUGUACUAGGCUAUAGCCAAGCAGGAAAACUGACAUCCAUACAUUUACAAGCAGAAGCUCAAACAGGAAUUACCAUUGACUUGCUCUGUUGAGAAAAUGGUCUCCAGAAUCAGAGAUGAUGCUACAGGACUGCUUUGCUAGCGCUGACUGGAAUAUGUUUCGGGACUCCGCCGAUAACAUCGACGAGCUAACCACCUCCGUCACAGACUUCAUUAGGAAAUGCAUCGGUGAUGUUGUCCCCACAGUUAAGGUUCGCUGCUUCCCCAAUCAAAAUCCCUGGAUUAACACUGAGGUUGGCACUAAACUAAAGGAUAGGGCUACCGCAAACAACCAUGAGGCUACGGCUGAGGACAUGAAAAAGUACAAGCAGUCCCACUAUGACCUCCGCAGAGUCAUCAAACGAGCAAAAGGACAAUAUAUGAAUAAGGUGUCAUGUUACACAGGCUCCGACGCCCGCUGCAUGUGGCAGGGGCUACAGUCCAUUACAGAUUGCGAAGGAAGACCCAGCCAUGAUUUCCCCAAUGAUGCCUCACUACCAGACGAACUCAAUGCAUUUUAUGCACGCUUUGACAAUAACAACAUCGUGCCGGGUGUGAGGGCUGCCACCAACACAGAAGAUUAGGUGAUCUCGCUCGCAGAGGCCGAUGUAAGUAAAGUCUUUAAUCAGGUCAAUACCUGCAAGGCCGCGGGGCCCGAUGGUAUUCCAGGGCACGUUCUCAGAGCAGAACAACUGGCAGGUAUAUUCACGGUAAUUUUAAAUCUCUCCUUGUCCCCGUCUGAGAUUCUUUUAAGAUUACCACCAUCAUUCCUGUUCCCAAGAACUCUAAUUCUUCAUGCCACAAUGACUACCACCCUGUAGCACUCACAUCAGUAAUCAUGAAGUGCUUUGAGAGUCUGGUUAUGGCACAUAUCAACUCCAUCAUCCCAGAACCCCUAAACCCACUGCAAUUUGCAUACCGCCCCAACGGAUCCAUAGACGACGCAAUCUCAAUUGCACUCCACUGCCCUCACCCACCUAGAUAAGAGGAAUACCUAUGUGAGAAUGCUGUUCAUUGACCACAGCUCAGCGUUCAACACCAUUUUCCCCUCCAAGCUCGUCACCAAGCUUAGGACCCUGGGAAUGAACAACCCCCUCUGCAGCUGGGUCCUGGACUUCCUGACGGGCCGACCCCAGGUGUGAGGGUAGAAACAUCACCUCUGCCUCGUUGACCCUCAACACAGGGGCUCCACAGGGGUGUGUGCUUAGUCCCCUCCUGUACUCCCUGUUCACCCACGACUGCGUGACCACGCACAACUCCAACACCAUCACCAUCAUCAAGUUUGCUGACGACACAACUGUGGUAGCCUGAUCACCAGCGACGAUGAGACAGCCUACAGGGAGGAGGUUAGUGACCUGGCAGUGUGGGGCCGGAAACAACAACCUCUCCCUCAACAUCAGUAAGACCAAGGAGCUGAUCGUGGACUACAGGGAGGGGGGCGGUGCGGGGGGAGCACGCUUCUACCACAUCGACUGGACUGCAGUGGAGCAGGUCGAGAGCUUCAAGUUCCUUGGAGUCCUAAAUCACUAAGAACUUAAAAUGGCCCACACACGCACAGUCAACCCCCUCAGGAGGUUGAAAAGGUUUGGCAUGGGCCCUCAAAUCCUUAAAAAGUUAUACAGUUGUACCAUCUUGACUGGCUGCAUCACUGCUUGGUAUGGCAAUAGCACCGCCCUUCGAUCGCAUGGUUCUACAGAGGGUGGUGAGGAUAGCCCAGUACAUCACUGGGGCUGAGCUCCCUGCCAUCCAGGACCUCUAUAUCAGGCGGUGUGAAAGGAAGGCCCGGAAAAUUGUUAGACUCCAACCACCCAAGACCCAUAGACUGUUCUCUCUGCUUCCGCACGGCAAGCGGUACUGAUGCAUCAAGUCUGACACCAACAGGUUCCUGAACAGCUUCUAUCCCCAUGCCAUAACAUUGCUAAAUAGCUAACAAAAUGGCUACACAGGCUAUCUGAGUUUACCUUUUUGUAUUUUAUUCUUAUUUUUGCGCUGUCUCUAUGCACACUCACAGGGCCUUACACACUACACACACUGAUACUCCAACACACAUACAAACACUCCAUCAUUUGUUCACAGACACAUAAUAUGCACAUAUAUUUAUACUGACUCUACACACACCCACUCACAUGCAAUAAUCAUAUACGCUGCUAGUACUCUGUUUAUCUUAUAAAUGCAACAUGUAAAGUGUUGGUCCCAUGUUUCAUGAGCUGAAAUAAAAGAUCCCUGAAAUUUUCCAUAUGCACAGAAAUAUAAUUGAUCUCAAAUUUUGGGCACAAAUUUGUUUACAUCCCUGUUAGUGAGCUUUUCUCCUUUGCCAAGAUAAUCCAUCCACCUGACAGGUGUGGCAUAUCAAGAAGCUGAUUAAACAGCAUGAUCAUUACACAGGUGCACCUUGUGCUGGGGACAAUAAGGCCACUCUAAAAUGUGCAGUUUUGUCACACAACACAAUGCCACAGAUGUUUCAAGUUUUGAGGGAACAUGCAGUUGGCAUGCUGACUGCAGGAAUGUCCACCAGAGCAGUUGCCAGAGAAUGUAAUGUUAAUUUAUCUACCAUAUGCCGCCUCGUUUAAGAGAAUUUGGCAGUACGUCCAACCAGCCUCACAACCGCAGACCACAUUUAACCACGCCAGCCCAGGACCUCCACAUCCGGCUUCUUCACCUGCGGGAUCGUCUGAGACCAGCCACCCGGACAACUGAUGAAACUGUGGGUUUGCAAAACUGAAGAAUCUCUGCACAAACUCUCAGAAACCGUCUCAGGGAAGCUCUUCUGCAUGCUCGUCGUCUCCACCAGGGUGUUGACCUGACUUUAUCGUGUUCUUAUUUUUAUAUCUAGUGUGUUUUUGUUCUACCUUGUUAUAUUUAGUAUUACAUUGUUAUUGAAUACUGCAUUGUUGGAGUUAGCGCUAGCAAGAAAGGCAUUUCACUGUGCUUUUGCAUGUGACAUUAGAACUUGAAACCCAUUUAAAGUGAACAUUCACCCCUCAAUCAAAGUUUGUUCAAUGUGUUCAUACUUCAAAAGUAGUCCAUAAACCACACCAUCUGUUUAGAUCCCACUGUAUGUACUAGGAGAACAUCUGCAGGACUUCAAUUUUGAACUGUUCCCUUUUGAAUUCCAGGGAAAGUUUUGAUUGAGUAAUGUACUAUGCCCUGUAGGAACUACUGGAGAAGUCCAGUGAGCCCCUGUCCUUCAUCAUCUUCGUCCCGGAGUGGCGAGAUCCACUAACCCCAGCCCUCAACCGCAUGGAGACCAGCGCCUUCCGCCGCCACCAGAUGUCGCUGCCCGCCUUCGAGCACGAGUACCGCAGCGGCUCGCAGCACAUCUGCAAGAAGUGAGUGUGUCCAACGCCGCAGAGUCACUUCCAUUGUUCUGACUAGGGUUGUCAAGAUAACAGUAUCGUGAUACUUAUAAGUAUCAUGGCAAAGAAACAAAACAUGAAGCAGACUUAAUUUCUUGAUGAAAACCAUCCUAAUGCUGGAAACAAAGUAUUGUGUUGUCAGCCAGAGUCACAUUUGUUUAUUCUUCAACCUAUAGCACACAAUAUUUGACAUACACUACCGUUCAAAAGUUUGGGGUCACUUAGAAAUGUCCUUGUUUUCAAAAGAAAAGCAUAUUUUUUUGUCCAUUUAAAAUAACAUCAAAUUGAUCAGAAAGAGUGUAGACAUUGUUAAUGUUGUAAAUGGCUAUUUUUUAUGUAAUAUCCACAUAGGCGUACAGAGGCCCAUUAUCAGCAACCAUCAGUCCUGUAUUCCAAUGGCACGUUGCGUUUGCUAAUCCAAGUUUAUCAUUUUAAAAGGCUAAUUGAUCAUUAGAAAACCCUUUUGCAAUUAUGUUAGCACAGCUGAAAACUGUUGUGCUGAUUAAAGAAGCAAUAAAACUGGCCUUCUUGAGACUAGUUGAGUAUCUGGAGCAUCAGCAAUUGUGGGUUCGAUUACAGGCUCAAAAUGGCCAGAAACAAAUAACUUUCUUCUGAAACUCGUCAGUCUAUUCUUGUUCUGAGAAAUGAAGGCUAUUCCAUGUGAGAAAUUGCCAAGAAACUGAAGAUCUCGUACAACGCUGUGUACUACUCCCUUCACAGAACAGCUCAAACUGGCUCUAACCAGAAUAGAAAGAGGAGUGGGAGGCCCCGGUGCACAACUGAGCAAGAGGACAAAUACAUUAGUGUCUAGUUUGAGAAACAGACGCCUCACAGGUCCUCAACUGGCAGCUUCAUUAAAUAGUACCCGCAAAACACCAGUCUCAACGUCAACAGUGAAUAGGCGACUCUGGGAUGCUGACCUUCAGAGUUGCAAAGAAAAAGCCAUAUCUCAGACUGGCCAAUAAAAAUAAAAUAUUAAGAUGGGCAAUAGAACACACACUGGACUUUUUCUUUGCAACUCUGUCUAGAAGGUCAGAAUCCCAGAGUCGCCUCUUCACUGUUGAUGUUGAGACUGAUGUUUUGAGGGUACUAUUUAAUGAAGCUGCCAGUUGAGGACCUGUGAGGCGUCUGUUUCUCAAACUAGACACUAAUGUAUUUGUCCUCUUGCUCAGUUGUGCACUGGUGUUUUGCGGGUGAAUUCAUAAAAAAUAAAAAGGAGAACGCCGCACACUGCUGGUCUUGUGAUUUUAUUAUAAGAUUUCGACCCUUAGGUCUUCAUCAGGCAUCCAUAUCCCAGUUGGGGUGGAAGGUCCUAUAUAUAGGGGCAGCACUCAGUGACAUCCCUUCCUGAAACAGGAGGUAAAAAUAUAAGAGGUUCACAAUAUCAACAAUAAAUGUAUCAAACUAUAUGACCAUACACAAGGAAUGUGAACAAUAAUUACAGUUUUAUAUACUGGUACUGUGUGUAUACAGUGAGGGGAAAAAAGUAUUUGAUCCCCUGCUGAUUUUGUACGUUUGCCCACUGACAAAGACAUUGAUCAGUCUAUACUUAUAAUGGUAGGUUUAUUUGAACAGUGAGAGACAGAAUAACAACAACAAAAUGACAAACGCAUGUCAACAACCUUCUCACGAAGCUGCUUGGCGAUGGUCUUGUAGCCCAAUCCAGCCUUGUGUAGGUCUAUAAUCUUGUCCCUGACAUCCUUGGAGAGCUGGGAGGCAAUUACUUUUUCACACAGGGGAAUUGGGUGUUGCAUAACUUUGUUUAUGAAAUAAAUAUGUAAUUGUUGUGUUAUUUGUUCACUUAUGUUCCGUUUAUCUAAUAUUAGGUUUUGGUUGAAGAUCUGCUAAUUCAGUAUCACAAAUAUGCAAAAGUAGAGAAAAUUAGAAAGGGGGCAAAUACUUUUUCAUAGCACUGUGUAUGUAUGUAUGUAUAUGUAUAUAUAUAUAUAUAUAUAUAUAUAUAUAUAUAUAUAUAUACACAUACAGUGGGGAGAACAAGUAUUUGAUACACUGCCGAUUUUGCAGGUUUUCCUACUUACAAAGCAUGUAGAGGUCUGUAAUUUUUAUCAUAUGUACACUUCAACUGUGAGAGACGGAAUCUUAAAACAAAAAUCCAGAAAAUCACAUUGUAUGAUUUUUAAGUAAUUAAUUUGCAUUUUAUUGCAUGACAUAAGUAUUUGAUACAUCAGAAAAGCAGAACUUAAUAUUUGGUACAGAAACCUUUGUUUGCAAUUACAGAGAUCAUACGUUUCCUGUAGGUCUUGACCAGGUUUGCACACACUGUAGCAGGGAUUUUGGCCCACUCCUCCAUACAGACCUUCUCCAGAUCCUUCAGGUUUCGGGGCUGCCGCUGGGCAAUACGGACUUUCAGCUCCCUCCAAAGAUGUUCUAUUGGGUUCAGGUCUGGAGACUGGCUAGGCCACUCCAGGACCUUGAGAUGCUUCUUACGGAGCCACUCCUUAGUUGCCCUGGCUGAGUGUUUCGGGUCAUUGUCAUGCUGGAAGACCCAGCCACGACCCAUCUUCAAUGCUCUUACUGAGGGAAGGAGGUUGUUGGCCAAGAUCUCGCGAUACAUGGCCUCAUCCAUCCUCCCCUCAAUAUGGUGCAGUCGUCCUGUCCCCUUUGCAGAAAAGCAUCCCCAAAGAAUGAUGUUUCCACCUCCAUGCUUCACGGUUGGGAUGGUGUUCUUGGGGUUAUACUCAUCCUUCUUCUUCCUCCAAACACGGCGAGUGGAGUUUAGACCAAAAAGCUAUAUUUUUGUCUCAUUAGACCACAUUACCUUCUCCCAUUCCUCCUCUGGAUCAUCCAGAUGGUCAUUGGCAAACUUCAGACGGGCCUGGACAUGCGAUGGCUUGAGCAGGGGGACCUUGCGUGCGCUGCAGGAUUUUAAUCCAUGAUGGCGUAGUGUGUUACUAAUGGUUUUCUUUGAGACUGUGGUCCCAGCUCUCUUCAGGUCAUUGACCAGGUCCUGCCGUGUAGUUCUGGGCUGAUCCCUCACCUUCCUCAUGAUCAUUGAUGCCCCACGAGGCGAGAUCUUGCAUGGAGCCCCAGACCGAGGGUGAUUGACCGUCAUCUUGAACUUCUUCCAUUUUCUAAUAAUUUUGCCAACGGUUGUUGCCUUCUCACCAAGCUGCUUGCCUAUUGUCCUGUAGCCCAUCCCAGCCUUGUGCAGGUCUACAAUUUUAUCCCUGAUGUCCUUACACAGCUCUCUGGUCUUGGCCAUUGUGGAGAGGUUGGAGUCGGUUUGAUUGAGUGUGUGGACAGGUGUCUUUUAUACAGGUAAUGAGUUCAAACAGGUGCAGUUAAUACAGGUAAUGAGUGGAGAACAGGUCAGGUCUGUGAGAGCCGGAAUUCUUAUGGUUGGUAGGUGUCAAAUUUAUGUCAAGCAUAAAAUGCAAUUAUUACUUAAAAAUCUACGUGAUUUCUGGAUUUUAUUUAGAUUCGUCUAGUGAAGUGUACCUAUAUAAAAUUACAGACCUCUACAGCUUGUAAGUAGGAAACCGCAAAUCAUGUAUAAUACUUGUCCCCCAUGUGUGUGUGUAUAGUAUGUAUGUAUGUAUGUAUGUGUGUUGUGUGUGUGUGUGUGUGUGUGUGUGGGUGUGUGUGUGUGAUAUAUGAUAUCAUAAUACCAUACAUACAUCAUACUACUAAUACAAUACACACCCACACACACAGUGGGAGAACAAGUAUUUGAUACACUGCCGAUUUUGCAGGUUUUCCUACUUACAAAGCAUGUAGAGGUCUGUAAUUUUUAUAAUAGGUACACUUCAACUGUGGGAGACGGAAUCUAAAAUAAAAAUCCAGAAAAUCACGUAUGAUUUUUAAGUAAUUAAUUUGCAUUUUAUUGCUUGACAUAAGUAUUUGAUCACCUACCAACCAGUAAGAAUUCCCCCUGAGGGAUCUCCUCCCAGACCUGGACUAAAGCAUCCGCCAACUCCUGGACAGUCUGUGGUGCAACGUGGCGUUGGUGGAUGGAGCGAGACAUGAUGUCCCAGAUGUGCUCAAUUGGGAUUCAGGUCUGGGGAACGGCGGGCCAGUCCAUAGCAUCAAUGCCUUCCUCUUGCAGGAACUGCUGACACACUCCAGCCACAUGAGGUCUAGCAUUGUCUUGCAUUAGGAGGAACCCAGGGCCAACCGCACCAGCAUAUGGUCUCACAAGGGGUCUGAGGAUCUCAUCUCGGUACCUAAUGGCAGUCAGGCUACCUCUGGCGAGCACAUGGAGGGCUGUGCGGCCCCCCAAAGAAAUGCCACCCCACACCAUGACUGACCCACCGCCAAACCGGUCAUGCUGGAGGAUGUUGCAGGCAGCAGAACGUUCUCCACGGCGUCUCCAGACUCUGUCACGUCUGGCACAUGUGCUCAGUGUGAACCUGCUUUCAUCUGUGAAGAGCACAGGGCGCCAGUGGCGAAUUUGCCAAUCUUGGUGUUCUCUGGCAAAUGCCAAACGUCCUGCACGGUGUUGGGCUGUAAGCACAACCCCCACCUGUGGACGUCGGGCCCUCAUACCACCCUCAUGGAGUCUGUUUCUGACCGUUUGAGCAGACACAUGCACAUUUGUGGCCUGCUGGAGGUCAUUUUGCAGGGCUCUGGCAGUGCUCCUCCUGCUCCUCCUUGCACAAAGGCGGAGGUAGCGGUCCUGCUGCUGGGUUGUUGCCCUCCUACGGCCUCCUCCACGUCUCCUAAUGUACUGGCUUGUCUCCUGGUAGCGCCUCCAUGCUCUGGACACUACGCUGACAGACACAGCAAACCUUCUUGCCACAGCUCGCAUUGAUGUGCCAUCCUGGAUGAGCUGCACUACCUGAGCCACUUGUGUGGGUUGUAGACUCCGUCUCAUGCUACCACUAGAGUGAAAGCACCGCCAGCAUUUAAAAGUGACCAAAACAUCAGCCAGGAAGCAUAGGAACUGAGAAGUGGUCUGUGGUCACCACCUGCAGAACCAUUUCUUUAUUGGGGGUGUCUUGCUAAUUGCCUAUAAUUUCCACCUGUUGUCUAUUCCAUUUGCACAACAGCAUGUGACAUUUAUUGUCAAUCAGUGUUGCUUCCUAAGUGGACAGUUUGAUUUCACAGAAGUGUGAUUGACUUGGAGUUACAUUGUGUUGUUUAAGUGUUCCCUUUAUUUUUUUGAGCAGUGUAUAUAUAUAUAUAUAUACACACACACACACCGAAGACAUCAAAACUAUGAAAUAACACAUAUCGAAUCAUGUAGUAACCAAAAAAGUGUUAAACAAAUCAAAAUAUAUGUUAUAUUUGAGAUUCUUUAAAUAGCCACCCUUUGCCUUGAUGACAGCUUUGCACACUCUUGGUCUUAAGUCUAUGUCCUGUGCUGGGGUAGGUAAAUGAGUCACAUUUAUACGUGAAACUGUAUUGUGAUAACCUCAGUUCUGAUUGCCCAAGUUGCCCUUUCGAAAAGGACGCUCCUGGAUGCACCCUGAAUAGGACACUAGCGUAGUUGCAGUCUAGUUGGAGUUUAAAUGUCUUUCUCUCCGUUUCUUUCUCAGGGAGGAGAUGUACUACAAGGCAGUCCAAGGCACGGCGGUCAUCUUCCUGCAGAAUGCCGCCGGCUUCGCCAAGUGGGAGCCCACGCCGGAGCGCAUCCAGGAGCUGCUGGCAGCCUACCAGGUCUCCCAGCGAACCUUGGGCUCCCCAGUCCCCUCAUCCACCUCCUCUGCGCCCACUACGCCCUCCCCAGCCAGUGCGGGGGGGUCGGGCAACAAAGACUCUACUGCCGCCAAGACGGCACCUGAGCGAUCGGCCAGUUUGGACACAUCACCCUCUAGCCAGGAAAACAGCAGUAGUGGUGGUAGUAGUGCUCUGGAAAAUACUACGCCACCAUCCGAGGCAGCCAGCAUUUAA